GCCAUUCCCAGGAUUAGGGUUUUACGAUACAUCAGCGGCUGCCUCCUCUUUAAUCUCUCUCUCCCAACUGAAGCCCUAGUCUCUCGAGUCGGAAGUCUCGUCUCACUGCAAUCAUGGGGAAGACACGAGGUAUGGGAGCCGGGCGCAAGCUGAAGUCCCACCGUAGGAGGCAAAGGUGGGCUGAUAAGUCCUAUAAGAAGUCACAUCUCGGAAACGAAUGGAAAAAACCAUUUGCUGGUUCAUCCCAUGCAAAGGGCAUUGUCCUUGAGAAAAUAGGUAUUGAGGCUAAGCAGCCAAACUCUGCCAUUCGAAAGUGCGCUAGGGUUCAACUCAUUAAGAAUGGAAAGAAGAUUGCGGCUUUUGUCCCCAAUGAUGGUUGUCUAAAUUACAUUGAAGAAAAUGACGAAGUGUUAAUUGCUGGAUUUGGACGUAAGGGGCAUGCAGUGGGUGAUAUCCCUGGUGUCAGAUUCAAGGUGGUGAAGGUAUCGGGCGUUUCUCUGCUGGCUCUCUUUAAAGAGAAAAAGGAGAAACCCAGAUCUUAAUCUUGUUACAUGUGUUCUUACCCACUGGCAUUAAAGUAGCGGAAUGGACUUAUUGCGGGCUGAGCGCAGCUCUGAACAAAUUUUUCCUUUCUUAUCUUGUUAGUGAACUGGAAUUUUGGGCUAUUGGGUCACUGAUACGAGAUUUGUUGUUUCGAGCAAAUGAUACUCACUGUCUUGUCUUCUUUCUUCUUUUUUUUUUUUGAAAAAGGAAAUUUCCCUCGUUUCAGUC